AUGAAGACAGACUUCAAGUUCUCCAAUCUUUUGGGGACGGUCUACCGCAAGGGCAAUCUGCUCUUUACUCCCGAUGGCACCUGCUUGCUAUCGCCAGUAGGCAAUCGCGUCUCGGUGUUUGAUCUUGUGCAUAACACCUCCUAUACCCUUCCCUUUGCCCACCGCAAGAAUAUCGUCCGCCUCGACCUUACACCUCGAGGCAACCUCUUGCUCACAGUCGACGAGGACGGCCGGGCUAUCCUAACCAACUUCCACCGACGCAUUGCGAUCCACCACUUCACUUUCAAGGGUGGGGUCUCUGCUCUUAAGUUUUCUCCGUCCGGUCGGCAUUUCGCAGUCGGUGUGGGCAGACGCCUCCAGCUUUGGCAGACCCCCUCUACUCCCGGUACCGAGACCAACGGCGAAAUUGAAUUCGCUCCAUUUGUUCUACACCGUGACCUUGCGGCACACUUCGACGAUAUCCAGAACAUUGAGUGGUCGAGUGACUCGCGGUUCCUGCUCACUGCCUCCAAGGACUUGACGGCGCGCGUAUGGAGUUUAGAUCCAGAGGAUGGGUUUGAGCCCACCACGCUGUCUGGUCACAGACAGGGAGUUGUGUGUGCAUGGUUUGAUGCCAAUCAAGAAAAAAUCUACACUGUCAGCCAGGAUGGUGCUCUUUUCCGCUGGGAGUAUGUCGCGAAGAAGGAUCCAGAAACAGACGAGGAUAUUGCCUCAGCUCGGUGGAGGAUCAUCAAGAAGAACUUCUUCAUGCAAAAUGAUGCCAAAGUCAACUGCGCCUCGUUCCAUGCGAAAUCCAAUUUGCUGGUGGUGGGCUUCUCCAACGGACUGUUUGGGCUGUAUGACCUGCCCGAGUUCAACAUGAUCCAUCUGCUUAGUGUCUCCCAGAGCAACAUCGACGUUGUAACGAUCAACCAAUCCGGAGAGUGGCUUGCAUUUGGGUCGUCCAAGUUCGGUCAGCUGCUGGUGUGGGAGUGGCAGUCUGAGUCGUACAUCCUGAAGCAGCAAGGUCAUCUGGAUUCCAUGAACUCGAUUGUUUAUUCGCCAGACGGACAGAAAAUCGUCACGACCGCCGACGACGGCAAGAUCAAGGUGUGGGAUGUCAAAUCAGGCUUUUGCAUUGUGACUUUCACCGAGCAUCAGAGCGGAGUGACUGCAUGUCAAUUCGCCAAGAAGGGCAACGUCCUAUUCACUGCUUCUUUGGACGGCUCAAUUCGCGCCUGGGAUCUGAUUCGGUACCGCAACUUCCGCACUUUCACUGCAGCAUCUCGGCUGUCGUUCUCCUCCUUGGCGGUCGACCCCAGCGGCGAGGUCGUGUGCGCCGGCUCGCUUGACGAUUUUGACAUCCAUGUGUGGUCUGUACAGACUGGACAACUGCUAGAUCAGCUUUCCGGUCACGAAGCCCCUGUCUCUAGUCUUGCCUUUGCCGCAGAUGGUAACCAUCUGGUCAGUGGCAGCUGGGAUCACACAGUCCGAGUCUGGAGCAUUUUUGGCCGAGCACAGACCAGUGAACCUCUCCAGCUCCAGUCCGAUGUGCUCAGCGUCGCUUUCCGGGCCGACGGCCUCCAGAUUGCAGCCUCUACGCUCGAUGGACAGCUGUCAUUCUGGAACGUCUUCGAAGCCAUACAGGAAGGCGGUCUUGACGGUCGUCGUGAUGUUUCUGGUGGUCGGAAAUUAUCUGACAGACGCACCGCCGCUAAUUCAGCAGGGACCAAGUCUUUCAACCGUAUCACAUACAGCGCCGAUGGUAGCUGUAUCCUUGCGGCUGGUAACAGCAAAUAUAUCUGCUUGUACGACGUGACUACCGGAUCUCUCAUCAAGAAGUUCACGGUCUCGGUCAACACAUCGUUGGACGGUACCCAAGAAUUCUUGAACAGCCGUGACCUCACGGAGGCAGGACCUCGCGGCCUCAUCGAUGAGACUGGUGAGAUGUCUGACAAGGAAGAUCGCAUUGACCGUUCCCUGCCUGGUGCGAAGCGAGGUGAUGCUGGUGCGCGCAACGUCCGGCCGGAAGUGCGAGUGACAUCGGUCGAUUUUGCUCCAACCGGACGCUCUUUCUGUGCAGCCUCCACCGAAGGUCUUCUUAUCUACAGCCUGGACACAGACUAUGUCUUCGAUCCUUUCGAUCUGGAUAUUACCAUCACUCCGUCGACCAUCAUGGCCACUCUUGAUGCUGCUAAGGCGGCAGCGGCGUCCAACACCGCGGACGAUGACAACACAUUCCUGAAAGCCCUUAUCAUGGCCUUCCGCUUGAACGAAUCCAAGCUCCUCCGUGCCGUGUACGAGUCUAUUCCUCCGUCGGAUAUCCCGCACGUGGUGCGGUCCGUGCCCUCAGUCUAUCUGCCCCGUCUGCUUCGGUUUGUUGCACACGCCGCCGACGAGACCCCUCAUUUGGAAUUCAACUUGUUGUGGAUUGAGUCUCUGUUCAGCUGCCAUGGUCGAUACUUCAAGGACAACUCCGGGACAUUUGCGCCUGAGCUACGCGCGGUCCAGCGUGCCGUCGACGAGAUUCGGGAGAACCUCAAGCGACUCACCGAGAAGAAUGUCUAUGACCUGAAAUUCCUCUUGUCCAAGCCUGUCCUUGCCGACAAGAAGCCUUCCGCUUCUUUGCUUGCCCUGGAUAAUGGCGAUGCAGACGAAGCUGACGAUCAGAUGGCCGAAGCUGAUGACGACGAAGGUUCAUGGGUUGGUCUAGAAUGA